CCUGCACAGGAGGACGCACGAGACCGAAGAAGUUGCUGCAGAAGCUGAGCGCGCGGAGAUCUUUGGAGACAGUGGCCGGAGACCGGCACAGCGUUUGACGCACGCACGCACUAUGGACUACUGUUGAGCUCGAAGGGAAGAAACAGUGCGCGCACAGUACAGCUGCUGCUCGUGCCUCAAACCGUUCUAAUUUUGUUUGUGUUUUUUUGUACUGAAGUUAUCCACGGCUAUUUUAACAUAGACUUUUGACAGUAAUUCUAACUGAAUCUAACUGCGUCGAAAAACAGGUUCGACAUCAUGAAGUUGCUGCUUUUACCGGUUUUAAUGGCUUUUUUCGCCAUCGCCCAAGUUUUUUGCGAGGAGAACGACCCAAAAGAAGACGCCGACUACUGGACCAGCAGUAAUCAAAUCCAGGACGGCUGGAUUUCCAAUGACCCAUUCAGGGAAAUCCUCCUGAGGAUGACAAGAAAGCCGCGGCCGCAUCAGUUCAUCGGUCUGAUGGGCAAACGCUCCAUGGGAAAUCCACAGAUCACCCGCAAAAGACAUAAAGUCAACUCUUUUGUUGGACUGAUGGGGAAAAGGAGCCAAGAGGAACCAGAGUCCUAUGACUGGAGCACAAUACAGACGUAUGAGAGACGCCGCUAAACAGUCAUCUCCUCACCUGCCUGCUUCUCAUCUAGCCAUUCCUCAUCCAUGGAAGGGGGACCGGCGCUGGUUUUGUUUUCUCCAAACUGUGUAGCUGUUAGCUGAAUAAAAUCAUUCUGUUUCCACAUUGUAGUGAUGUAGCAGUGCUGUACCUGUGCCAGUUUUAUUUGUGUAGAUUGGGGCGAGAGGAGGGGCAAUGGUGUCAUUAUCAAUGUUAAGUGUUUUUCUGUGAGCGUUUUCAACCAUCUGCCAUGCUACAAAGACUAAAUGUUGUGGACCAUCAAAGCAAGGCUAUGCCCCAGGGUAUGCUGAAAAUUGCACUGCCAAAGCCACUGUAUAGUGCCUCAUAACUGUUUAAUUGCAACUGAUUGUUCUAUAAAUACAACACACUGGGACAGGUUCUCAUUUUUGCUUUCAGAUGACUUUAGAACAGCUGUCGUGUUCUCCACCUGGACAUAUGGUGUGAUAUGAAAGGAUACCUGUGUGUUAUAGUGGUUUAACAAAUAUUAAAAAUAUUUUCUUUACUGGUUCAACUUCA